AUGGCUGCUCCUCAAGAGAUUACCAUCGAAUCCCUCACCGGCCAUUGGGUCCUGAACAAAGACCUAACCAGCGAAGCAGAUCCUAUCUUAAAACUGCAAAAAGUACCCUGGUUAAUCCGUAAAGCAUUUGGCUUCGCAACUAUCUACAUCCAAAUCACCCAAUACCAAACACAAACCUCUGAAACUAGCCAACUAUCAACAAACAUCGACUUCAACCAAACAGCCACCGCAGGCCUGGCCGCAACCAAAGAAGAGCGUGUCUUGGAUUGGAAAAUAUCGGACCACGAAGACCACUUCUUCGGGAAGGUUCUGGCACAGAGUAAAUUUGUUCACGGCGUCAUUGAUGCGGAUGAAAUUGUAAGGCCUGGAUUUGAGCUUCUGACGGAUAAUGCCAAUGCGGAGAUAAGGAGAUACUUGCGAGGGGAAGUUGAGGCGGAUGGGAGGAAAUCGGAGGGUUUUAUAGUUGAGGAUUGGGGUGGGAUGUCGGAAGAGGGUCCUGGGCUUUGGGUACAUACUUUUGAGAGGAAUGUUAAGGCUGGAUGGACGGCUGAGCAGAUUUGGGGGUUUGAGAUGUUCGGAGACUCGCGAUACUUCUCUCGUCGAGUGGUGGUUAUGACGACCAAGGGACAAUAUAUAUGUGGGAGGAUUGUAUUUGAUUUUAUAGAUAGUCAAUAG